UUCCUAGAUAAUUAUUGUAUCAACAAUUUCAAUACUAAUGUUAAUUAUGUAUAUAAAUUAUAAACAUGUAAACAGUGCAGUGCAAUGGUACUUCCAGUACGUUUGGUGGUCAAAAAUUUCCAGGUCACACUACGCUAAAAUAUGUCGUUUCAGUUUAUGGUUUGAAAUCACACAAAAAAGAGUUAUACAAGAACAUAAUUACCCCCAAGAGGAGUCCCUGGAUGGUUUUGCAAUUAGAGGAAUAUCCUCUUUUGAUGUUUUGAUUAAAGCAAAUGAUUUCAGCCUGGCAACGCCGACGGAUUACUAGGGAUUUUUCAUUUUUGACCCAUUUUGUUCGCAGCCUGAUAAUAGACAUCACACGUUAACAUGACGUAUGGCGUUAUUGACAGCUAUUUGAUUUGGGAUUCUUUUUGACAGCGAUUUUUGACAAGUUACCUACGCAAAAGCGCAAUGGCAAAGUCAAAGAACCACACCAAUCACAACCAGAAUCGCAAAGCUCACCGUAAUGGUAUCAAAAAACCAAAACGCUUCCUCCACGAAUCUACAUUAGGUAUGGAUGCUAAAUUUUUGAAGAACCAGAGGUUUUCAAAAAGGCAUAAUUUGAGCACCAAACAACAAGUGAAAAAAGCUGCAGAACGUAAAGCUGAAAGGGGAGCUAAAGCAGGCAAGAAAUGAAAUGUAGAGUAAAAGUAAUGUAGUUUUAAUAAACUAUAUCAAAAAUAAAUUAAAUAAAAACAGUAACUACUA